AUGACAUUACAUUCUGACACGUAUUUGGGUGAAUCACUGAGGCAAAGACAAGACUGUCCGAGUCAAGGAUACUGUAUCACUCUUCCUGAAGGAGAAAUAACAGCAGAGGCUGGACUCUGUGUUGUGAUACCGUGCUCCUUCACUACUGCUGAUACCUUCACACCCCAACAUAUAGUUUGGUCCAAAUGUGAACCAUCGAAAGGAAGAUGUAGUGAUUCUGGCAUAAUAUUUCACACAAACAACAAAAAAGUUCAGCCUGGGUUCAAAGGACGAGUGUCACUGUUGGAGACGGACCUGAGUCAAAAAAACUGCAGCAUCGUCAUCAAUAACCUCACUGAGUCAGAUUCUGGAUCAUAUCAGCUCAGAGUUAAUGGUGUCCUGCUUAGGUCUCCGGACGGAUUGACAUUCCCUCUAAGAGCAACCAUCUCUGUUAAAGAUCUGAGUCAGAAGCCCACAGUGAUGGUUCCUCCACUGACAGAAGGACAGCAGACCACACUGACCUGCACUGCUCCUGGUCUCUGCUCUGGAUCCGUUCCUACAAUCACCUGGAUGUGGAGAGGAAGAGGAGAGGACACCACUGAAAUAACAGGAAAUCUAACAGAAAGAAAAACUGAGAAUAUGACUGCUGUCACUCAGAGACACAGCUCAACGUUGACCUUUAAUGCUUCAGCUGAACACCACGGCACCCAGGUCACCUGUAAGGUCGGCUUCACAGGCAACAAGACUACAGAGGAGACGGUGACUCUGAAUGUGACCUAUGUGAAAGAAAUUAAAGUGACUGGGAAUACAAGUCUGAAGGAAGGUGAGACCCUGAAUCUGACCUGCAGCAUUGAAAGCUUCCCUCCGUCUUCUAUCAUGUGGACUAAACUCUCCAACAAAACUGUACAAAACAGUAGAAUCGAUGUUGACCUGCAGAACGACACUGGACUAUCCACACUUAUCAUCCAUAACGUAACAACAGAACACUCUGGACGUUACAUCUGCACUGUAAAUCAUGUGGACAAUACUCUGACUCUACAUGCUGAUGUAACUGUGACUCGGUUUGCAAAGAUCCUAAAGGGCUCUGGGUGUGUGACUCAGUUGACGGCUCUGACCUGUGUGUGUAUCAGUCAGGGGGUUCCUUUACCCACCAUCAAAUGGCCGCUGAUGGAAAACCACACUGAGUACACUGUCAUUACCAUGGUGUCAAACCACACAGUCAACAGCACCAUCACCCUGCCUGUAACAGACCACAGAAACACUGCUGUUGAGUGUGUCACCAGUAAUGGAAAUGGAGAAGUAAAAGAAAACCUCACCAUCCAAAAAGACUUGUCAAAAGAAGAAGGUACAUGUCAAUCCACAGGAUUACUAAGCAUUGUCUCACGGCUGGACAUCAUCAUUGCAUUUUUGACUGGAGUACUUCUUACAGCAGCUCUUUGCUGUUUGGCAAAGAAAUAUCAUAGAAAAAAGCAGAAGAGCUCUGGAAGUCUAGAUGGGACCCUGGAGAUGGUGACCGCCCAGGAGGAUCCUCUGAUACAUCCUGAUCAAGCAGUGCAAGAUAAUCAAACUCACUACCAAGAAGCACCAAAAGAUGGAGCUGAAGGAGUGGAGAGAGGAGCCCCUGAUCUCAACGGUGCAGCAAAAGACGUGGAGUACGCCAGCAUUGACUUCUGUGUGUUGAAAAGAAGAAGUCUCAGGGGUGCAGCAAAGAAGCCAGAAACCACAGAGACAGAGUAUGCAGAAGUUAAGAGAGAAGAAAAAGUGGAAAAGCAAGACAAUGAUGGAGAGCCUGAUGAAAUGUUGGAGUGUAAAGAAGAAGAGGAAGCCAUGGCAGAGGAGGAUGAGAAGAUAAAACAUUGUGUGGCCAAUGAGGAAGAAGAGGAGGAUGUGGCGUUGUAUUCCAAUAUGAAGGAUAUAAAGGAAGAGAUGUGAAGACUGUAAAGCUUAGUGGAGUCACUUAAGGAUAAAGUGUCUUCUGUUCUUCAGACGUGAUGGAUUAUUAUUCUGAUGUGUAAAUGACAGCACUGUGUAAACUUUCUACCACAGGGCAGUGGUUUUCAAAAGCUAAAUUUGACCUUUGGAUACACUUCUCACCUCUGCGCUUUAAGGCUGUUUAUAUCUAUUCAUGCAACUAAAAUGGACUGGAAGAUGUCAAGAAUUCCCUUGUUCAAAUGAUGUUAUAUACCUUAAUUUAACUAGGAUAAGUACUGUAUAUGCUCCAACAUAUCCUUGUGGUUUAUUCAAGGGUCUGCUUCAGGCAAAAUUAACUAUUUC